GUCACUGAAGAUGUCCGGGGUAUCAUGCGGAGAGUACCGCAACCUGUAGCAGUAGUAACAACGUCUAGACCAGUUGAUAUAAAGAGCACGCCAACACUUCUUCGACGAGGAGUGACGGUAGGAUCGUUUACCUCUGUAUGUCUUCAACCAGAACCACUUGUGUCAUUCUGCGUCCGAAUACCCUCACGUGCUUCUGAUUUGCUUCAUUCAUCGGGCUCCAUGGUAGUAAACUUAUUAGCACGCGAACAAGUACAACAAUCGAUUGCGUUUUCUUCACCGACCGCCGUCGAUCAAUUCAUUGACAUACCAUUUUACGAUGACCCUAUUACGGGUCUGCCAGUUCUUGUUGGUACGUUAGGGGCAAUGCAUUGUGACCUUUACAAAGUGGUGCCUUUGGGUGAUCACGAAUUAUGGAUUACCAGAGUCACCCGCGUGGAAGAAGGAAUAGGGGGAGAGCAUGGGCGAAGAGAAGAAGCCCAGCCGCUUUUAUAUUAUGAUCGAGGGUAUCGAAGUGUGGGAGACCAAGUCUUUAUGAACGCGUUUGCAGAAGGUGAUGAACAAACAUUAACGACAUCAUCAAGCAUCGGUACUGGUAUGAGUAGUCAUCAUCAGAAGGAGCAUAAAUGGAUGCAUCGAGCCCAUUUACGUAUGGCUUGGAAUUAUAUUCGCGAGCUGGGGCCUGUAGCCGCCGCGCCUGUCAUCAAAGAGACGCUUCAAAAACGUUUCUCACAGCAGCAAAACGGUAGCAUGAUGGCGGCUAAAAAAGGACAAGUGUAUCAUGAGACUAUCACGUCCUUCUAUAUUGCACUCAUGUCAGCCGCCAUUCGAUCUCAUCAGAGAGAACAUCAAAAACAUUCACUCGACCAUCAUUAUGAUACAGAUGAUUUUUUUGCAUUGGUGGAAAGAUUCCCUGAAUUGCUAGAUACCCAAUUGAUAGAGAGUUAUUAUUCAUCGGAAAAACUGUAUUCGGAAGAGGCUAGACACAAUUUUAUAAAGCCUGACUUGAAGCCCCUACCG